AUGUCGAAAUCCUUGAUGCUUGUGCUGACAGUCUCCGCGCUGUGGAGUCCUGCUUCAGCCUUCCGCGAUGGCAGUGCAGAUAGGGUCCAAAGCGGUUGGAGCCUUGACACGAAAACCGCCCGCCUUUCCGAAGACCUGGCCGGAUUAGCGGAGCUCAUCAAUGGAGAAGAGGGAGUGCGGUGCGAGCAUAAGCAAGACGCCGGAUGCAUGGCAGCCAUGCUUUCAAAGAAAUGGCCAGCGAAGGAAUGGGACAUCUUCUGGAUGAACAACCACUUGGAGAAGGAGAAGUAUUUCAUGGUCUGGGCCGACUUCAAGCAGCACUGGACCAGAGCGGAAUUCUCCAAGAACAAAGACAGGAUCUUGAUCUUUGCUGAUCCCAAGAUCCCAAAGCACGCAUGA